UGUUUAGCAGAGAAACCAGCUUUGGAUCCCAACACUAAGAAAAUGUGGAUGCUGUCAGCAAACGACAUGAAUGACGAUGACGUGGAUCUGUUGGACUCUGACACUCUGCUCGAUGAGGACGACCUAAAGAAGCCGGACGCAGCUUCUCUUAAAGCUUCAAGCUGCGGAGAAGGGACUGGCAAGAAGAAAAAAGCCUGCAAGAACUGCACAUGUGGGCUUGCUGAAGAGUUGGAGCAGGAGAGCAAAGAGAGCCCGAAAACUAACCUACCAAAGUCUGCGUGUGGAAGUUGUUACCUUGGUGAUGCCUUCCGCUGUGCCAGCUGCCCAUACCUGGGAAUGCCAGCGUUCAAACCGGGGGAGAAGAUCGUCCUGGACAACAACACGCUGACAGACGCCUGAAGCCAAAACGUUCCACUUCUCUGCUGCUCACGCUUCAGGACAUUUAACAUUCCUCUGUUUUCCAUCCACCCAGAACUCGUCGGCUCCUCUGGGGGUUCUCAGUAGACCAUAAAUAUUGACAUUGAUGCCACUGCAAUGUUGUUUCCCAUGAGGCACCGUAACGCCGCCACGACUGGACAGGAGAGCCAUUUGUUUUACAAGCGAGAACCUAAACAACUUGUUCAAAAUUUGCGAUCAAUAUAUCUAUGCGAUUUGGUGCCUGAAUUGAGAGAAUGCCAGAUUUUUCAUGGGUCAAAAGAAAAUGAAAGUGUGAAACCAGCAUCUUUUCUGGCAAUCUAGUAAUGAAACUUUUUACCUCAGUUGAAUUUUUUUUUUAUAUUCAUUAAAACUAAUCACAGAAUAAAAAUGUUUUUGGGGGUUUAAAUCAUGUUUCGACGUCAAAGCUGGAGCAGUGAACUCCAUCAAAACACAGAAGGCUGCACUGAAAUUGUUGAACUGAAGCUUAUUUAUGUAUGAAGGCAUCAUUUCACUUUCUGUCAUUUAUUACAAAUAAACUUAAGACCAACUCUUUGGAUUUAACCCUAAGAAUGUGGUGUAGAGAUUUGAUACUUCAGGUUUUGUCGUCCUUUGCUGUUGCCAGCAGUGUAUGCCUGUCGGUAACCGAUCUGUCUUUUUAACGAUUGUGUGAUAUAACUUUGUGGAAACAUAUUGGACUCUCAGGGCACCUAAAGAUGUUACUACUGUUUUAUUCCACUCUUUUUUAUUUGUUUUGUGUUCCAAACUUUGCUUUCUUCGUCUGUGUUAAGAGUUU